AUGGAGCUGAUACAAAAUCUCAUAAGUGCACCACAAAGUGCAACUGAGCAAGAAGUUAGUGACAAUAUAACAACCGUUGUGGAUCGAUUGGCGCAUGCGACUCUUGUAUCCGACAGACGUGGCGCCGUGUUGGCAUUGAAAAGCUACAGCAGGCAGUACAGAGAAAUUGUCAUUGCGAAAGGCCUAAAACAAUUGUUCUCCACACUCCACCAAGACAGUUUUGAUUUGGAUAUGGUGAAAGCAAUAAUGGAAACCUUGCUAAUCUUGUUCAUUCGUGGCGAAGGAGAUAGCGAUUUGACAAGAAGCUGGAUCAAUUCUCAAUCCCGAGUCAAGAAUGGUAAAUACCCGUCUCCCUCGAUCUUAAUCCAGAAUCUUAAGCCAGAUCAAUUCUCAUUAUGGAUAGCAGAUGAACUAACCCAAGACCUCUCGAACCUAGAAUUACUUAUAGAAAUACUAGAGUUUGAUGAUGUGCAUACCAAGAUAUACUCGCUACAGUUGCUGCAAGCCUUGACAUCUACUAGACCAAAAAGAACACAAGAGCUAUUUCUGAAAUCACCUACAGCAAUAUCCAAGUUGUGUCAGGUUUUAGAUGACCCCUUCGAGCCAAUACGAAAUGAAGCCAUUCUACUUUUGAUGGGAAUUGUAAGGGGCAAUUUCAAUUUACAGAAAUUGGUUGUUUUUGAGAAUGCUUUCGAUAGAUUGUACAGAAUUAUCGACGAUGAAGGUGGAAUUCAAGGCACUAUUGUUGUUCAGGAUUGUCUUUCUCUCAUCACCAACCUUUUAGAAUAUAACUCAUCCAACCAGAAAUAUUUCAUUGAAACUAAUUGUUUUUUCCAGCUUGUGAAAUUGCUCAACCAAUCGUUGUCGGGCAACUCAUUGACAUGGAACACUCAGAGGUUAGAUAAUUUGAUCACCACACUGGAGACGUGCAGAUUAUUUGUCGUUAAAGAUACCCAGGAUAUCGCAAGUGCUCAGGUUGCCAUAGUUGAUAGUGGUAUCAUGCUAUCGUGUUUGAAACUAGUUUUCUCGCUCAACAUUCCAAACCAAGUCAGAGUCACAUCUUUGCUUACUGUGUCUGAUGUAAUCAGAAGCAACAACGACGUUCAGUUCAAGUUUUCUCAAGUCGAUGUUCCGUAUCUGGACCCAAGUUUACCAUCAACUGCUCAAAAAUUUGAGGCGAUUGUACCCAUAACCGUCGCUCUACUUAACUGGUGUUUGCAUGUGAAUUCCGUCCAUUUGUUUGAUAUAAGAGCUGCUGCCCUAGAUACUCUCCACGCUUUUUUCAGAGAUAACACAGAAGCGAAAAUUGCUUUCAUCGAUGAUCAGGUUUACACAUUUAAUUCAUUAAACGGUAUCGAAAACAACAAUGAGUCAUUUGAACUCAAUGAUGCUAAUGCUUCUGUAAAGAAUGAUAACGAGAGUCUAGAAGUGUCAAUAGAUCCCAAUUCCUUAGACUCAAAGAGUAACAUCUUCCAAACUUUAAUCCAAAUGGAAAAUUACAAGUUGAACCCAUAUAAAAUAUGGUUUGCUUCGAUUAUUUUGCUUUACGUAUUUGAAGACUAUCCAGAGGCCAAGCUCAAAGUCAUGGCAAUAACUUUAGGUAAUGAGAAUGACGAUGAAGAUGUCAUUUCUAUUAUAUCCGCUAUUGCACAAGCAUUAUGCACUUCUUUGAAACAGUCCGAUAUUCGUGUUCCAAUUGCCUACCUUAUGCUGCUUUGUAAUUGGUGCUGGGACAAUUACGAAGCUGUUGAUGAAGUAUUAAAAGAUCUUUCUAUAUUGGAUCAGCUAUUGGCUUUUAUUGUUGACUCUGCAAAUGAAAGUGAUCUAGUCCAAGGGCUAAUUUCAUACUUUUUGUCAAUAAUUUAUGAGUUUUCUAGAAAAACAUCACCCAUUUCCAGGUCACAGUUGCACCAGUAUUUAUCCAAAAGAAUAGGUGUGCAUUCAUUCAGUCUAAAAAUCCAACAAUUCGUGAAAGACAAACAUGUUUCAAAUUUCAAAGAGUUAGACUGGCUAAAUCCUACUCGUGACGAAUCGGGACUACCGGAAGUUUAUUUCGAUGGCAUCUUUAUUGAUCAAGUAAGUGAAAAUUCUCAAAGAAUGACACGGGCUAUAGGAAAAGACCCCAUUGUUGAGCCAGCGAGGAAGCUUGAUUUUUUUGCCUACGAAGAGAUUCAGCAAAAGCUGGAAUCACUUACAAGAGAGUACAUUCAAUUUAAAUUAGAUUCCACAGAUAAGUCAAAUAACCAAUUGAAAGAAAUUGAAAAGACCUCAAAGGAUUAUAGUGAACUCACAACCAAGUAUGAAGAACUUCUAAGUGAUAUGGAAUCACUGGAAAUCGAAAAAGAUCAGAUGCUAACUGAUCUUACUGCAUCUGUUGCUGAAGUUACAAAGUUGAAUGGAUUACAGAAAACUCUGGAGUCUCAGAUCAGUGAUCUUUCAAGAAACUUACAAGAAUCAUCAGUCAAGGUCAAAAAUAUAGAGUUGGAAAACAAGCAGCUGAAAGAAAAACUUGAAGUUAUUGAGAAGUCAAAGGUCAAUGCCGAAAAUGGUAUCAAUAAAAUGAGUAGAGAGUUAAUGAAUUUGACUAAGGAAAAAGCUACAAGCGAAAAGCAAGCGAAAUCUUUAGAAAAAGAGUUAAGUUCAUUGAAGCAAAAAUUUGAGAAGGAGGAAGCCAAGCUUGCAGCUAUAAACACACAAAAAGAGAAAAUCGUCAUUGAUCUUGAAAAUCGGCUCAAACUUGCUAAUGCCAACCUCAGUAAAGUUAGAGAGGAAUACAAGAAAGUAAAUGAAACUGUUUUAGCAAAUAACGAAAAGCUUGAAAAAUCCGAGAGAAAUUCAGCAGAGUUAAUGAACAAAUUAAAGACUGCUACAGAAAUAAUUGAAAAAUUGAAAAAUCAAAAAGACUCUACUAAUGUUGAACUAAACGAUUAUAAGGAAAAAAUGAUUCACGAAGUAACCACUUUGAAGUCAUCCUUAGCUACUACCGAAGAAGUAAAGGAGAAUCUGAUCAUGGAAAACAAGAAACUGAAUGAAAAGUUGGAAUCUUUACAAGAAGAGCUGACUACCACUUUUGAGGACUUCACGCUAUUGCAAGAUGAAACUUCGAAAGAAAUUGAUGAGUUGAAUGGAAACAUUACCGUUUUGUCGAAAGAUAUUGAAGCCAGUGAGGAGAAAAACAAGAGUUUGAUCGAUGAAAAUAAAACACUGAAACAACAGGUCGAAAAAAUAAAAGAUUCUAGUGCUAGUGCUGAAAAUCAAAAAAGUGCCGUUUUAAGUGAAUUUGCUCAGUUGAGAGAAGAGAAGGAGAAUAAAAUAAGUGAGCUCAAUUCUCAGCUUGAAAGCUUGAAUAGCGAGCUAGAGAAGUUGAACGUAGCAAAUGAGCUCACAGCAAAAAAACUGGAGGAAUCUGAAAGCUCAAAAACAGAAGAUGUCCGCAAACUAAAAUCUUCUCUGGAUAAUGUCACAAAAAGCCUCAGUGAAAAGACUUCUGAAUUUGAUUCACUUGCGAAAGCCAAUGAGAAAGACAAGACUCGUAUUCUUGAUUUAGAUACUGAGUUGCAGAAAACAAAAAAGUCAUUAGAUAAUUUGAAAAGUGUAACAUCAAGCUCUAUCUCUGAACUGGAAAGCAACAAGAAAGUAAAUCUCUCUAAAAUUCAACAGUUGGAAUCAGAAAAAAAGGAAUUAACGGACCUAGUUAGCAGCAGAGAAAAACUGAUUUCGAAUUUAGAAUCAGAACUGGAAAACCUCAAAGAGUCAAAGAAUUCCGAGAUAAAAACGUUAAGCACAUUGGAAAAAAUGACUCAACAAGAGAUUACUAGGCUUAAUGCACAAAAGAAGAAGCUGGAGGAAACUUUGGCAGAUAAGGCAAAGCUUGUAGAUGAUCUAAAACAACAAGCUGAGUCUAGUGAAAAAGAUCUUGCCCAAAAGAAAUCUGUUUCUAUUGACCUAGAAUUGAAUGUCUCAAAGUUGACUAGGAAGAUUGAGGAACUUGAAGAUGGGAAGAAAAAGCUCUCUGAAGAUAAUAUCUCACAAACGAAACAGCUCAAUGACUUACUAAAUGAUAAAACCGAAAAAUACGAGGAUUGUCAGAAGCGCAACACUGAGCUUGUUGAAAAAUUAAAAAGAAUGGAAGAACAAAUAAAGGAAAUGGUUCCCCACUCCAAACUUGACGAAGCAUUAAUGUUAUGGACAGAGGCGACGGAGAAAAAAGAUAAGUAUAAAGAAAUGCUGAUCAAAUUCAAUCAUGAGAUAGAAGAUAGUGACGAGGAUGAUGAAGAUGAAGAUGAAGAU